ACUAUGUCGACUGCUAAGCCAAGGGGUUGGAAAAUACAUGUUGUGAUAAAAUAAAAAAGAGAAGAACUAUAAGAUUGUCCAACUUUCUAGCCAAGCCUAUUGACUGGGCAUUCACGUUGGAAACUUGUAGCCGUGGAGUCCUAUUUUCUGUUUUCACUGAUUGCAAUUGAAUAUUGCUCAUCUGUUAUCGUCACACGCAUUCAGUACAAAAAAUGACAACGGCAAUUUACGAAAACCCCGAUUUGAAGAAGGAACGUCAAAAUUGCCCUUUCAAUAAAGAAGAAAUUACAAAUUUCCUUGAUGGAGGGAAAGAAAAAACUAAAGAGCGUAGAGAGCUGGAAACAUAUAUUCUCUCUGAUAAAUCAUUAAGAGAUGAUGUUCCGAUGGAAUAUUUAAGCCAUGCCGAAAAAUAUGCUGAAGAGCUACGUAAAUCAUGUCUGCUCAUGCAGAAAUUGGGAGAUUCACCAGCUGGCCAAGUGCAAACCCUAAGGUCCUUAAUGGGGGCUGGUCUUGGAUCUGCCAUCUUGAAAGAGGGCAACCCCAUUGCACUGCAUUAUGUAAUGUUUAUUCCUGCGUUGAUGGGCCAAGGGACAGUAGAUCAACAAGCAAAGUGGCUUGAGAAAGCUUACAAUCUUAAUAUCAUUGGAACUUAUGCCCAGACUGAACUUGGACAUGGAACAUUCCUUCGUGGGCUUGAAACAAAAGCAACCUAUGACCCAGCUACUAAAGAAUUUGUAUUGGAAUCACCCUCCUUGACAGCAUACAAAUGGUGGCCUGGCUCGUUGGGAAAAACUGCGAACUACGCUGUCGUAAUGGCACAGCUCUACACAAAAGGAAAGUGCGAAGGGAUUCACCCAUUUAUGGUGCAGUUAAGAGACGAAGAAACUCAUGAACCAUUGCCUGGCAUUAUGGUUGGAGAGAUUGGCCCCAAGCUCGGGAUGAAUACGAACGAUAACGGCUAUCUCGGGUUUGACAAAGUCCGAAUUCCUCGUGAGCAACUUCUUAUGAAACAUUCCCAAGUUUUAGAAGAUGGAACGUACGUUAAACCUACUAAUAGUAAAUUAAGCUACGCCACGAUGGUUUUUGUACGCGUUGUCGUUUGUCAGGAUGUCACAGUGAACCUGAGAAAAGCUGUCACUAUUGCAACGCGGUACAGUUGCGUCCGCCGCCAGUCAGAGCUUAAACCCGGAGAUCGGGAGCCACAGGUUAUGGAUUAUCAAGCGCAACAGCACAAAUUGUUGCCACCAUUGGCAGCCACCUUUGGGUUCCAAUUAGCAGCCGAUCAUCUGUGGAAUUUGUACAAUACUGCCAACAAUAGCAUGGAACAAGGAGAUAUGGAACUAUUGCCUGACCUCCAUGGACUGUCAUGUGCCUUGAAAGCGCUUUGUUCCAGCGAAGCCGCCAACUUUGUUGAAACGUGUCGACAGUCCUGUGGUGGCCAUGGCUAUAUGGCAUGUAGCAACUUUCCGCGCAUAUACGGUCAGGUAACUGCAGCGAUAACGUAUGAAGGGGAAAAUACAGUUUUAUGGCUCCAAGUUGCAAGGUAUUUGGUCAAAACUCGCAAAGAAAAAUCUGGUGGCUUAAGUGUGAAGUAUUUAAUUGAUGAAGAAAAGGGUCCAAGAACUGUCCAAACAACUCCUGAAGGAAUCGUAAAACUUUACCGACGAGUGGCUGUCGGAUUGGUUGACAUAGCUAUUGCUGAACUGGAGAAUAACGGUCGUAAAGGCUAUGCACCACACGAUGCCUGGAAUCAUGCUGCCGUCCAUCUAAUCAAAGCUGCCCAAGCCCAUGCACGGUUAUUCGUUGUUGAAAGCUUUGUCGAUUCCUUAAAAGGGACUCGGUUGUCCGCUCCAGUUCGCGCCAUCCUGUCUCAGCUUUGCGAGCUCUUCAUCAUUUAUUGGAUCCUAGAUCGAAGCGGCGACUUCUUUUUGUGUGCCAAUUUGAAAAAGGAGGACUUACUUCAGCUAAAUUCCAAGUACGUGCAAUUGCUUGCUGCAAUUCGUCCCCAGGCCGUUAACAUAGUUGAUAGUUUCGAUUUGCGGGACGAGAUUCUUGGUUCUCCACUUGGAAGCUGGGAUGGAAACGUGUAUCAAAGACUAUUCGAUGAAGCUGCCAAGAGCCCCCUGAACCAGAAGAAUGUCCAUGAAUCCUUCCACAAAUAUCUGAAGCCUUUAUUGAAAUCCAACCUUUAGUUUGGUAAUCGACCUUGGAAUAUUUACUGGAAUGCGGACGAUUGAAUGUUAGAGUUCUGGGGUGGCUACACUUUCCUGAAAACUGUAAUUAGCCUUAUCGUAUGGGGCGUGAUGAAAAUUUGUUAUUUUUGUUUGUCUACAAUUUUCCGGAAAAUAUGGGUGAAAACAUUAUACUGUUUAAUGUGACAUUUUUAGUAUUGGGAUUAUAGUGAACUGAAUACAAUACACAAUUUA